ACCUUUGUGUAUUAGAAAGAGAUGAAAACUUGUUAUACGAAUCUUUUAAGCAAUUAGGAACGGUGCGUACCACUUUAAACUCCUAAUAGUGAAUAAAGUGUAUUGAAGUGGAUACAGCCUGGUGAUAAAUAUUUUAUGGUGUUUAUGUUUGUGCUUCAUUCCUAGAGUCCGAAGAAGUUUCAGAAAUGGAUGACUAUAGUAUCUUUACGGGAGUGAAGAGGUCUUUUCAUGUUGUGGAUUACGUCGUGUUUUCGCUCAUUUUCGCUGCAUCGGCAGCCAUUGGAUUCUACCAUGCGUACAAGGACAGACAUGUCACUAGUGCCAAGCAAUUCAGUCAAUGUGGACGUACAAUGCACCCGAUUCCCGUCUGUUUAUCGCUUGCAGCAACAUUCAUGUCGGCUCUAACUUUGCUUGGUAAUCCGGCAGAAAUAUAUACACAUGGAACAAUGUUCUACUGGAUCUUGCUUGCAAUACUUAUAUCAACUAUCGGAAGCGCGCAUAUAUUUGUCCCAAUUUUCUACCGAAUGGAAACUAUCAGCUGCUUUGGAUACAUUCAGCAAAGAUUUGGAUCAUUUGCGAGAGUGAUAGCGUCUGCGGUAUUUUUACUUUCAACGCUACAGUAUAUGGGAUUUGUUUUGUAUGCCCCGUCUUUGGCCUUCGAAGCAGUGACUGGACUUUCACUUUGGGGGACAAUGAUUGCCGUAUCCGCUGUUUGCACACUUUACACCGCACUUGGAGGAAUGAAAACUGUUAUUUGGACAGACAGCUUACAGAUUACCAUAAUGUUUGCCGGGGUAAUACUUGUGCUAAUAUUCGGAUCUAAAGCAACGGGUGGAUUUGCAAGAGCAUGGGAGAUUGCUGCAGAAAAUGGCAGGAUUGAGUUCUUGGAUGUUUCCGUCGACCCGAGGACACGGCACAGUGUUUGGUCAGUUGGAAUCGGAGGCGGGCUAUUCUGGACUUAUUUAUAUGGCGUUAACCAGGCACAGGUGCAACGCGCAUGUUCUCUGCCAACUUUGAGGAAAGCUCAGCUUGCAAUAUGGAUGAAUUUUCCAGUAUUGGUGUGGAUUAUAUCACUGACAUGUAUGACAGGAAUAGUGCUUUAUGCGUUCUACCACGAAUGCGAUCCAGUAAAAUUUGGACUUGUGAACAAACCAGAUCAGAUGCUGCCGUUGUUUGUUUUGGACAUUUUAGGAACAAUGCCUGGACUUUCGGGACUAUUUCUUGCAUGUGUUUUCAGCGGCAGCUUAAGCUCAAUAUCAUCAGCAUUGAACGCUAUGUCUGCAGUUAUUGUUGAAGACUUUGUGAAACCAUUCUGUUGUAAAGCCAUGUCAGAACGCACAGAACUUAUUAUCUCGAAAGUACUUGUGGUUAUUAUUGGCUUCGCCCAAUUUUUCAUGGCAAUCGGUAUUUCGCAAAUUGGUGGACUCAUUUUACAGCUAUCAUAUACCCUUUUUUCAAUCCUAGGUGGACCUAUCCUAGGUUUGUUCAUAGCCGGAGCCAUAUUUCCAUGGACAAACAGAAUCGGUGCGUCCGUUGGAUUUAUUGUGUCUUUGGUUUUUAUGUGCUGGUUAGGAUUAUCUGCUGCAAUACAACGCCCAUCUCCGUUGAAACAACCCUUGCCAAUCUCUGUUUCUGGAUGCAACUGGAAUGCAACAGAUUUUACUCCACCACAAUUAACCUCAAAUAUAUCAAGUCUUCAGGAGACAAUCGAUGAGCCAAUAGUGUAUAACCUUUACCGAAUGUCUUAUCAAUGGUAUACUGGUCUCGGUAUGGUGAUUACGGUGGUGUUUUCUUUAAUAAUAAGUUUUAUGACUGGCAGAACGGAACCUAAGUCACUAGACAACAGACUCCUAUAUCCGCUGUUUUACAACAUGAUGCCGUGUUUGCCUGAAAAGUAUCGAAAGGUUUUGAAAUUUGGUGUUACAUACAACGAUUCUGGUGUUUCAAAUGAAUAUGAACUGAAGUAGGUACUU